AUGAACUUUUGCAACUCUGCGUGGUCGUACACGCUCCUUAUCGUCGAGCCUCCUGACCCAAUCCCGGUCACUGUUGACACGGCUCAUAACUGCCAAACUCAAGGCGGUGAGCGGGAGAAGAACAAGAAGAUCUGCUGCUCUUGGACUGCUACUCUCAACCUUGGGGUGUGGAUGUCUGUCGUCGUCCGAAUUGCGACGCUCUUUUGCAUUUUAUUCUAUCGGGCCUCCGCUGGACCAGUGGCUCCCAUCCCCGACCCAGUGUUUUUAUGGCUGUCGAUACCAGAAAUGUGGACAUGCAAAAGCGCCCCGAUAUUCUGGUCAUUUGAAAACUCAGAGAGCCUUCCUAUGUACAUCUCCAUAACCAAUGCCGGCGUUACACAGGCUCCCAAACCCUCCGCCACGUCCGUCGGCCAUGUCGAUAGGAGCGCAGACCCAGAGCUGCUAACAAUGCAGAUUUCCGGUUUACUCGACGCUGCGGAACGCACAUUCACUUGGGCGCAGGCCAACGUUACUGAGGGUUGGUACGCACUGAUCGCUACCUUUCUCACAACGAGCGCUCUUCAAGUCUCGAGUCCUUUCUUUGUGAACGAGGGCGAUAUAUCCUGCUUAUCAACGACAACAAACUUGAAGCCCAAAUCUUCUGCGCCAGGCAGCAUCAUGCUGAGUCCAAGUUCUGCAUUUACACCAGCCUCUAGCACAGUCUCAUCCUCGCCCACAACUUUUGCCACAAAAACAUCCCACGUUGAACUCCCAGAGAUGCUUGGUGGGGUGUUCGGAGGCAUUUUAAUUGGAGGUCUAUUCGUUGCGGGACUAUUCAAGUCGCUCGGGUUCAUUAAGCGGCGACGCACUGCAACUUCGAGUGGCUCGAUGGACCGUAACCAGAGCAGAUUUAGGCCUGGCAUACGGUUUCCCCUCCGCCAGAGGCUUAUUACGCCACAUACAGAGCUAUCAAAUCUUGGUCGUCACGAGUUCGAGUCGCAGUCCUCCUCUUUUGGCACUCGUAUCGCUCGUAAUAGCAGUGAUGCCAACCUGGUUGACCUACGGCGUUGGUUCAUGCAGCGAAGAGGAUCAUCGCAGCUGCAAAAUCCUUUCGACACACCCGCCGGGAGCGUCCGACAAUCAUCGUCGUCUAUGCCUUCCUACCAAACUAUCAGCAGCAAUUGUGAAUCUGCAUCAACUGGCGCCGUUAUUGUACCCCCAAGUCCAGCCUAUCCUUCCGGGAGCUCGCUUAUUUCAAGGACGGAUGUGGUUAUGGACGGAAUGUAUAAUAUGCACGAUCCUGCCUUGUUACCACACCGUUCUGACCCCAGUUGA